AGCAAAACGGGAGAGUCUGCCGCAGCGUGCGGCGUUUGACCGCGUGGCACGAGUUCCCGCGUCUUGUGCGCGCGAGCGACACAGUACGGCGUGACAGUCCGGAGCAGUCGGUUGGUAGCGACGGUUGUUUACACCAUGGCGGCCGGCAGUGAGAACGUGACCGAGGAACGGACCGAAACGACGACCCCUGCUCAACCCAUUUCCAAUGUUGUGUCUGAAGCAACGCACAAAGUAGUAGGAAUGGAUAAGGAUGGUGACAUCUCCGGCAUACCACCGGCGCCAAAGAAAGCUCGAGUUGAAGUGCAAUCUCUCCCAACUAGACAGUAUUUGGAUCAGACUGUAGUGCCGAUACUAUUGCAAGCAUUAUCCUGCCUAGCCAAGGAGAGGCCCGCUGAUCCCAUAAGCUUCCUCGCUGGUUAUUUACUGAGAAAUAAAAGUCAAUACGAUAGCGGCGGUUCGACACCGACUAGUCAGUGAAUGCUUCCUUGUCUACAUGCAUAUUUUGUGGAGAUCUGUGGACGAUUACUUCGUAAGAACUCUUCCUUUAUCUUCGAGAUUAUAUACACGGGCAAUUCGCCACGUGUAAUUUCAUACAGGUGUACUUUCAAAUUAAAUAAAAUGUAUUAGUUUUUUGCUAAUAUCUUUAUAGCAGGAUUAUAAUGGUAUUCUUCUGCGGAAUAGUAUACGUUUUGAAGAUACUGAAAUUAUUUUAAAUAAAUAUCAUUACAAUAUAUUAAGAUAAACAAGUAAUUGUGACAUUGCUACAUACAAGUCGUUCUAAUGCAAUAAUAUAAUUGUGAAAUUGAUGUCAAAUUGAUAUUGACUUAUAGUAUUCGUUAGAAGGAGGCACAUCGAUUUCACAACGUGGAGAAUUAAGCGUGUGAAGUAAAGCAAAGAUAUGUAAAACCGAUAAAAAGUCUUCGAAGGUAGCAUACUCUUUCAAGUUGUAAAUACAUGACGCGAUAGCGCAUGAAUGAGAGGGAGCGGAAAGAAGGGCCUCUGCCAUCGGUCCAAUAAGUCGUAAUGAACCCUCCGCGUCGAUUUUAAUUGGAACGGCGAUUUAAUUGGAGGCAAUUAAAUGUAAUCGCGCAAUGAAUCGGCGUUAAAUGUAUCUCGCGCUCCAAUAAAAUCGAUAAUUUGCGUCGGACUUUCAACGCUCGCGAGCGUGUCGUUGCAAGAGGAGAAAGAGAACGAGAGCGCCUCGAGGGCGCUCGAUUUUAUUAUUCUUCACGUCUUAUUCCCGUCCCACUCUGUGGCUUUCGCGCCGACGGUAACGUCGUCGGUCUCGCCGAGUCUCGCCAGGAUAAUUGGACUCUCUCAGAUCGUCUCGGCGGGGCCACGAGGAAAAGAAAAUCCGUGUAGCGCCGUCCGAUUGUACCGCGCGGCCUCUAAACGACGAGGACGACGCGAGAAGAUAUCGGGGUAAUUUCGUGGCCGACAAUUCGCACGGCGACAUCAUCGGACCCGGUCCAAUUAACGGCAAAGGAUCCUCUUGCCCGAGUUCUCCUCGUAUAUCCUCCCGUGGAAUACUCCAACCUUACUCGCACACAUACACCGAUCGCGAAGUUUUGAUCUUUUAUUUCGUGCCUGUUAGAUGUUAGUGGAAGCAGUGCGUUUCUGUCAUGAUAAGAUAAAGGCACUGAUUGCGGCGUUCUCUCGUCAAAUUUGGAUUCCUCCCGUGAAAUACUUCGCCAGCAAUGUGCACCUACAAUUUUUGAGAUUGUCGCUCUCGCUGAAUACUUUUACAAGAAUCCAGAAACAAAAGAGCGAUGAUCGUAAAUAUAUUUUCCUUUCAAUUAUAUUCUGUCAUGUGUAACUAAUGUUUCUUUAAUAAGAAUUGCGGUUAAUUGACGCGAUCUUUCAAUGAUUUUAUUUCGUAUGUAGAUGUGCAAUGUGAGCGAAGGAGUUGUAUAUUUCUGCAUUUUACAAUGUGUGUUGUGUGUGAAUAUAUUGUUAAAUAAUA